GUCACUGUAUCAAUCCAAUCAAUAUUCUUCUCAAACCCCAUUGAAGUAAUUAAGCAAGAGAUAUAUGGCACCCCAUGGAGAGUCUUUGCCAAGUUCUUUCAGUAGGAGCAACAACAAGUCCAAGCCACCAAGACUCUCAUCUGAACACAUUCAAAGAACAAUCUCAGACAUCUCGUUUGAGAUAACCAAGGAAGGGAUUGAUUUGACACUUGCACCAAUAACUGAGGUUCAAGAAGCAAAGUGUGAAUGUUGUGGAAUGUGUGAGGAGUGCACCCCUGAGUACAUAGAACGUGUACGUGACAAGUUCUUGGGGAAGUGGGUGUGUGGAUUAUGUUCUGAGGCAGUGAAGGAAGAGUUAGAAAAAAAUGGAGGGAAAAAAGAGGAGGCUUUAAGUGCACAUAUGAGUGCAUGUGUUAGGUUCAACAAAUAUGGAAGGGCUUUCCCGGUUCUGUUCCAAGCAGAGGCCAUGAAAGAGAUGCUGAAAAAGAGCAAAAUGGAAGGGAGAAGGGUCAAUUCCUUCAGCCCUAGGGAGAAGAAAGGAGGACAAAAUAAAGCAGGGAUUGCUCGAAGUUCAAGUUGUAUUGCAGCAAUUACAAGAGAUAUGAAUGAUCUCACAAUUGCCAAUUAAUCAAUCUCAAGUUCUUAUUACCAAAAUUAGUUUAAGCUUUUUUUUUUUCUAGAAUAUUUUCCUGUAACUUUAUUUUUUUUUCUACUGACUAGGUCUAAGUCUUCCUUCUUCACAUCUAAUAUUCCUUGUUUCUAAAUGCUUCCGAGACCUUCUUUGGGUGUUGAACAUGGCCCCAUAUAUGUUUUCAUGGGAAGAAGCCCUAAGUUACCUUUUGAGGUUUUUUUCAGGUCUCUCCCCAUUAUAUUCUAGUUUUUUGUAAGUUGGUUCUUAUUUGCAUUUCUUUCUCUGGAGAGGGUUAUUCUUUGUUUUUUGUCA